AUGACUUCCACCAAAACCCAAUCCCAGUCAGCCAAAUCGUCACGUGAUGACACAUCCGUGCUGAAGGAGGAGCUAUCUCCCUCUUCUUCACAUUACAAGGACUGGCCAAACACUCAGGGAUUUGACGCUCACUACGAAGAGAGGGCUCCCGUUGAAUUGCAUAUACAAGGCCUUAUCCCUUCUUACACGGCUGGAGUUCUUUUCCGGACCGGGCUGGGACCCCGGACAGUAGAGACAUCAAAGGACAAAAUAUUCAAGGUCAAUCACUGGUUUGACAACUUUUCUCAGGUCCAUCGAUUUCAGAUUCAUGGACCAACAGCUGAGUCUCCUGUCAGGGUGACAUAUAAUUCGCGACUAACAAGUGAUGGUCUAAUUGAAAAGAUCAAGAAGACAGGCAAGCUCGACGGGUUUACCUUCGCGGCGAAGUAUGACCCUUGCAGGACAUUUUUUCAAAAGAUCCAGUCUGUCUUUCAAGCAGCUCCGAGAGAGUCAAUGGCUCCCAACGAGGCUAGUGUUGCUGUGACAUUGUCGGCCAACUUCCCUGGGCUUUCGUCCAAGGGCGAAAAGUUUGAGGGAGCCCACCCGUCGGGCAAGGUCAAUACGUUGUGCAACAAGACAGACGCGACCAUCAUACAGAUGAUUGACCCAGAGACGUUAGAGCCACUUGGAAUGGCAAAUCAGACGGUACUACAUCCGGACCUCAAAGGCGCAGGUAGUGGCGCACAUGCCAAGUCAGACCCGGAGACGGGUGAUGUGUUCAACUACAAUCUCGACUUUGGCCGUACGGGUACGUACCGAGUGUUUCGAGCGGCAGCAGACACUGGCAAGACAUGUAUUCUAGCUAGCUUUGGCCAUACCGCCGCCUAUCUACACUCGCUCUUCCUUACUGAGCAUUAUGUCGUUCUCUGUGUAUGGAAUUCCUUCUACAAGGCAGGCGGGGCUUCCAUAUUAUGGACUCAAAACCUGCUCGAUGCGAUGGCUUGGGAUGGUAAUGCGCCAACCACGUGGUUCGUGGUUGAUAAACGAGCGCCAGAGGAGGGAGGUCGUGGGCUGGUGGCGAAGUUUACCUCGGACGCCUUCUACGCCUUCCACACCAUCAAUGCUUACGAGGUGCCUUCACCUACGAACGAAGACUCGGUUGAUAUUGUGGCAGACAUCAAUGCGUAUGACAACAUGGAUGUCAUCUAUCGGUUCUACCUGGACAAUGUCAUCAGUGAUCUGCCCAAAGCACACAAGUUCACCGAUUCCAUGAGCCCGAGCGUGCGACCCGAUUAUCGAAGAUAUCGACUUCCGAAUAUUAAAUCUUCAGGUCCAACCGCUCAACCGUCCAAGGCGGUGUUGGAGUACAAGAGCAGUAGGGCUGAUGGAUUCGAGCUCCCAGUGAUCAACUCCAGGUUUGUGACCAAAAAGCACCGAUAUAUGUAUGGAAUCUGCGAUACGGGGCUGUCGACCUUUGCAGAUGGAUUGGUCAAAUACGACGCUGAUACGCAUACACUGACUCGCUGGAGUCAACACGGACAGACGGCGGGGGAGCCAGUGUUCAUUCAAGAUCCGGCAUCCGACGAGGAAGACGGAGGAGUUCUACUGUCAGUGGUGUUGGACGGGCCCAACGGCAGGAGUUACUUAAUGGUGCUUGACGCAAAGACCAUGAAAGAGAUUGGGCGGGCUCAUGUGGACGGCGCCGUUGGGUUUGGAUUUCAUGGGUUUCAUGUCAAGGCACAAGGGGGCGUUGGGCGGCAUAAUGGUCUUCAUCUCUGA